CAGAAGGCAUCUCCGUCAAAUGCAGUCCGUGUGUGUUUGUAUACGCGUUUCCGUACCAGAGUGGCAGAAUGGCACGGGAUCUGUGUGUUAACGGUGUACACCUGUGUUUUGUGUAAUGCCGAGAGCAGGACUCGUCAGGGGAAGCACAUUUAUUAAUGUUGUGGGGAUUUGUGUCGGUGAGGCGGGUUAGCAGCAGAGUGAGAGGAUGAUUCGCUGGAUCCGUCAACAGCUGGGCGUUGACCCUCCCCAUCAGAGUGACACACGCACCGUUUACAUUGCAAACAAGUUCCCGCAGCAUGGCCUUUACACUCCUCAGAGGUUUGCAGACAACAGGAUAAUUUCCUCAAAGUACACCAUAUGGAACUUCGUCCCCAAGAAUUUGUUUGAGCAAUUCAGAAGAAUAGCCAAUUUUUAUUUUCUCAUCAUUUUCUUAGUUCAGUUAAUGAUUGACACACCCACUUCCCCUAUAACAAGUGGACUUCCUCUGUUUUUUGUCAUCACUGUAACUGCCAUCAAGCAGGGAUAUGAGGACUGGCUGCGACACAAAGCUGACAAUGAAGUGAAUGGAGCACCAGUAUUUGUCGUGCGCAGCGGCAGUCUGGUCCAGACCCGAUCCAAGAAUAUCAGAGUAGGAGAUAUUGUGAGAGUAGCCAAAGAUGAGACGUUUCCUGCAGACCUGGUGCUUCUAUCGUCAGACCGUGCAGAAGGGACAUGUCACAUCACCACUACAAGCCUGGAUGGAGAGACUAACCUGAAGACCCACUAUUCAGUGCCAGAAACAGCUGUGUCGCAGUCGGUGUCACGGUUGGAGUCUCUGCAGGCGGUGGUGGAGUGCCAGCAGCCCGAGGCAGAUUUAUACAGGUUUGUCGGGAGAAUAACUGUGACCCAACAAGGAGAGGAGAUAGUGAGGCCUUUAGGACCAGAGAACCUUCUGCUUCGAGGAGCAAGAUUAAAAAACACCAAAGAGAUAUUUGGUGUGGCGGUGUACACGGGCAUGGAGUCCAAGAUGGCUCUGAACUACAAGUGCAAAUCCCAAAAACGCUCAGCAGUAGAGAAAUCCAUGAAUACAUUUCUUAUCAUCUACUUGGGAAUUCUGCUGUUUGAAGCCAUUCUCAGCACUAUUUUGAAGUACGCCUGGCAGGCAGAGAAUAAGUGGGAUGAGCCUUUUUACAAUGAGAAGACAGACCAAGAGAGAAACAGCAGCCAGAUUUUGAAGUUCAUUUCAGACUUCCUGGCUUUCCUGGUGUUGUACAACUUCAUAAUCCCCAUCUCACUGUACGUGACAGUUGAGCUGCAGAAGUUUCUGGGCUCUUUUUUCAUAGGCUGGGACUUGGAUCUGUAUCAUGAAGAGAGCGACCAAAAGGCUCAAGUCAACACAUCAGACCUGAACGAGGAGCUAGGCCAGGUGGAGUACGUUUUCACUGACAAAACGGGAACGCUCACCGAGAACGAGAUGCAGUUCAGAGAAUGCUCCAUCAACGGGAUCAAAUACCAGGAGAUCAACGGGAAGCUCAUCCCUGAAGGAAUGACAGAAGAUUUCCCAGAUGGAUCUGCGCCUUAUCUGAACAGAGAAGAGGAGUUGUUCCUGAAAGCUGUCUCACUGUGUCACACAGUGCAGAUCAGUUAUGAUCAAACAGAUGGACUGGGAGUUUCCUUCUCGCAUGCCAAUGGCUUCUCGCCACAGAUGGAGUAUUAUGCCUCCUCUCCUGAUGAGAAAGCCCUCGUGGAAGCCACCAAGAGGAUGGGGGUCACAUUCACAGGCAGCAAUGGAGAAAACAUGGAGAUAAAAACAUUUGGCAAAGCAGAGAAGUAUAAACUUCUCCACGUUCUUGAGUUUGAUGCAAACCGAAGACGAAUGAGCGUGAUACUGCAGACUCCUUCAGGUGAAAAUGUGCUAUUUAUAAAAGGAGCCGAAUCGGCUAUCCUCCCCUACACCAAGAGUGGAGAGAUUGAUAAAACCAGAGUCCAUGUGGAUGAGUUUGCCCUGAAGGGUUUGAGGACACUGGUUGUGGCCUGCAGACACUUCAGUGCUGAUGAGUAUAAGGAAGUGGACAGACGGCUCCAUGAAGCCAGAACGGCUCUACAGCAGAGAGAGGAAAGGCUGGCUGAGGUCUUCAACUUUAUUGAGAAAGACCUGGAGCUGCUGGGAGCCACUGGGGUGGAGGACAAGCUGCAGGAUAAGGUUCAGGAGACGAUUGAAGCUCUGCGAUUGGCUGGGAUCAAAGUGUGGGUGUUGACUGGUGACAAACAUGAGACAGCGGUCAGUGUGAGUCUCUCGUGCGGUCACUUCCACCGCACCAUGAACAUCCUGGAGCUCAUACAGCAGAAAUCAGACAAUGAGUGUGCCGAGCAGCUCCGCAGGCUGGACCGGAGGAUCAGAGAGGACCAUGUGAUCCAGCACGGGCUGGUGGUGGACGGGGCCAGUUUGUCACUGGCUCUUCGAGAACAUGAGAAGCUCUUCAUGGAGGUGUGCAAAAACUGCUCUGCUGUGCUCUGCUGCAGAAUGGCUCCACUCCAGAAAGCCAAGGUGGUGAGAUUGUUGAAGACAUCCCCAGAGAAGCCCAUUACAUUAGCCAUUGGGGAUGGAGCCAAUGAUGUCAGUAUGAUUCAAGAGGCUCAUGUUGGUAUCGGUAUCAUGGGAAAAGAAGGAAGACAAGCCGUAAGAAACAGCGACUAUGCAUUUGCAAGGUUCAAAUUCCUCGCCAAAUUGCUGCUCGUACACGGCCAUUUCUACUACAUUAGAAUAGCAACCCUUGUGCAAUACUUUUUCUACAAGAAUGUGUGCUUUAUCACUCCCCAGUUUUUAUACCAGUUCUUCUGUUUGUUCUCACAACAAACCCUUUAUGACAGCGUGUAUCUGACGCUGUAUAAUAUCUGCUUCACUUCUCUACCCAUACUGGUGUACAGUCUGUUUGAGCAGCUCGUUCAUCCACAUGUGCUGCAGAGCAAACCAGCACUUUACAGAGACAUCAGUAAAAACUCCCUGCUGUCCUUCAAAACCUUUUUGUACUGGACACUCCUGGGCUUCUGCCAUGCCUUCAUCUUCUUCUUUGGGUCCUAUAUCCUAAUGGGAGAAGACACCACGCUGAUGGGAAACGGACAGAUGUUUGGAAACUGGACUUUUGGCACUUUAGUUUUCACUGUGAUGGUUAUUACUGUUACACUGAAGCUGGCCUUAGAGACACAGUUCUGGACAUGGAUGAAUCACUUUGUUACAUGGGGAUCCAUCGCCUUCUACUUCAUCUUCUCCUUAUUUUAUGGUGGCAUCAUCUGGCCGUUUCUUCACACACAGGACAUGUACUUCGUCUUCGUCCAGCUGCUGUCCAGCGGCUCGGCCUGGUUUGCCAUCAUCAUCAUUAUCAUCACGUGUCUGUUUCCUGAUGUCAUCAAGAAAGUCUUUUGCAGACACCUGCAGCCAACCAGCACUCAGAAAUCUCAGAUGGAAGCGGAUAAGGUUUCAGGCAGCUCAGAAUAUGACCCUGCUGAAAUCAGGAGCAGAGGGGAGGACAAUCGGCCACUGAUCGCUGCUUCUCCUCCCCCACCUCUGCUGCAGCCCCACCUUUCCCCUAGUUUAUUGAGGCCUACCAGGGCAUCGGAUGUGUGGACUCCAUGUGCUGUUUCUCAGAGGGACAAAACGCCUGCUCACGGCUGGUGGAGCGAAUGAUGGGCCGCUGUGACCCGGCUCGGGCCACCAGGUGCGACCUCUCUCUGUCUAGUCUCUGCUGCAAGCACAUCUCCUACAAGCUUGAGCAUGAUGAGCCAGCAGCCCUGGAUGAGUGAGGGCUGCCUCCGCACUCAAAGCAUUCCCUAUUAGCACGUUGAGUUUAAGAAAGAAACGGGUGCAUUCAUUUGCCUUUAGCAUGUAAUCUUUGUUACAUUUAAAGUGAGCUUCACCGUCUGUGAGGGUCCAGGUAUGUACGUUAGGGUUGUGGGGUAUAACGCUACAAGAAAAGUACCUCUGUAGCAAAACAUUUAAAUGAAACGAUAUCAUUAUUUUGCACAUUUCGGUAUCUGACAGCAAUGUGCUGCUAUUCAGCGCAAUUCAGGCAGUGUGAAGUGAAAGCAACGUUAACGUUCAGGGAUAUAUAAAUGUGAUGAAUGAUUUGAGAAUAAAAAAUAAAUGCAUUGAAUGCCAAAUUUAAUAAUUGAUAAUCAUUGCUAUAAUAGCGUGCAGUGGUGCCUGACCACCGUAUUUUUCCAAUUAAUUUUUACCAUAGGGAUUUCAUAAAAUCCUUCAUAAAAGCUAUUAACCAACCAGCUCACCAGAGGUGAAAUAAGAUAAGAUUAAUAGCAAAGUAAGAUUUUGAGUUUUGAAAAUCGCUCUGCAGAGCUCUUUUGGCGUGCUUUGUUGGAUGUGAUUCUUGGAUUGGUAGAUUGUCACUCUUCAGGAUCAUGGGUAGUGUAGUUCUUUAGCAGAAAUUCUGCUAUUAAACAGGAUUUUUUUUAAUUCUUUUGUUUUAAAUGAAGUUGAAAUAAUGCAAACUGAUGGCUUUAACAGAAGCGUAUACCAUUGAUGAACAACCUCUGAGCUUGAGUAUGGGAUUUUAACUCUGCAUUAUUGUUUUAGUGAUAUGCAAAUCUGUCACAUAUAUCUACCCAAUAGGAUGGUAUCGUACAGAAGAUUUGGUAUCGACCCAACCCUAAUGUCGCAUACAUGGAAACGUAGAAAAUUGUUGCCAAAAAGUUACAUUAAGUCUGCCUUACCAGCUUGCUGUGUUCAUCUUUCAUCGUCUUCACCUUAUUUCGAGGUGUGUCCGUCACCGAUUUGUGUCUUUUCUAUGUGGCAGAAACGCUCUCUGCUGAAAAUUCACUGUAAAUCUUGUGCCUCCAAGGCGAUCACCUCCAUAAUCCCUGAAGCUGUCUUACCAUCAGUGUUUUCAGACAUCACACUGUUAUUAGCCAGGCAAACAGUUAUAAUGCCAAUUUAUGCAAGUAUAUGCUCAUGGAAUGUCGGAGUAUAUGAUUCGACCUUUGGAACAUCUUGUCGUUACGUGUUCUGAGACGUUGCAUCCCUGUUCAGUGUUAUAAUUCACAUCUUAGUCUUUGCCUUGUGUGUGUAUCUCUCAGUGGAGGGUGUUUGUGAUGGCAUGCAAUUGUAAUGCACUCCUUAGCCUCAGCUUUCCACGUAAUCGUUUUGACUGUCUGUAUCCGCACUUUGGGAAGCGGGGCACUUCUGAAGCUAUGCCACAGUCAACUAAAUACAAGAUUCUUUUUCCAGUUUAACUGCUAGAACACUGCCAUCGAAGCGCAGGGUACUAGAGAAGACCUCUGUGAUUGGCUCAUUUAUCGCAAAGCAAUCACGUGACCACAUCAUGAUUAGUUUAGUGGCUUGUUGCAUUCAUCAGAUGAUCUGUACUGCUUGUAUUCCGUCUCAGACCAGUGGUUCUCAACUGGUGGGUCAUGGGCAUGUCAAAGGUUGUGUGUCCAAUCAAACUCCAUAUUUUGCCGCUAAAUCAUCUGUCACUUGAUAGAAUCUAGCCAAAUUAGGCAGAUGCCAGCGUGGAUGGAUCACAAUGUACGACUAAUCGAUAGUGAGAUAUUUUCUAUAAUGCUAUUUAUUUUUUGUUUUGAUAUUUCAAUGUGCUUUAAUAAGCGUGCUGAAGGUAUGCUUUGCUUAAGCUAUUAGACACUUUACACAGUUAAACCCUCCUGCAAAACGUUUAAUUCUUUCCCUUUAAAGUACUGCCCCUGGAGCCAUACACAUUCAGACUGACGUCCUUGGCCCCUGCUUAGCCUCUUGCGCCGUUUUGAGCAUCCCGCUAUGAGUGUUACGUUUUCAACACAUGUCAAGUUUUUUUAAAAACGCAUCUCAAGACCCAUGCAUGCUCUACCAUUCUGUUGCACUCUGUCUAGCUGUUUUUGACCGCAAGAUUAAGACCGUCUUAGGUAAACAUCCCCUAACAAAAGCAUCUGAUCGUGGUCAGAUGUAACCAAAACCAGCCUAAUUAUACGGGGCUAAAGAUUAGUUGACUAGUCAUUCAGGCAACACACCGGACAAUUAUUUUCAUUGAACAAUUUGUUUACUUUUAUAAGAUAAAGUAUUCUGGCAACGUGCUUGAUCCCCACAGGAAAAUUUGGGUCUUGAAGCAGUACCCUUUGAGAACCACUGCUUUAGACAUUGAAAGAGUGUCUAAUAUGAAGUCAGUAAGCCACCUCUGUGUAUACAUUUAACCUCACAUAUCCUGUAAGUGCAAAUACAUAUUCUAAUUAAGACUCUAUACCUCUUUACAAGAUCUUAAAACGGUUGUCUUCAUCUGCAAGAUACAACAAUGCUGCAUUUGUUGAUUUGCCCUGUCCUAAUCGUUUCCUCCAUGUGAUCCAAAGAUAAUCGCAUUACUGUAGCUAUCGAUGUAUUCUUUAUCUUACAUGGAAAUCGAUCUAUUAUAAUAUGGCUGUACAUUAAGGGCAUUAGUCCCAAAAACUAAGGCAUUCGAUGAAGACAUGCCCCCUGAUAGUCAAGAGUAGCAGGUGUGGCAUUUGAGGAAUACAGCUUGUGGACCGCUCCGAUCCUCAAGGGCUGCUUAAUUCCACUCUAUUUACAAAUACGAUAUACAUUUUAUAGUUAUGAACCAAUAAAUGUACGAUAUUUUUCUACAGACAAUAGAUUUACAUUAUGAAUUAGUUUGUAUAUUUACUUAUACUGUGUAGUGUAAAUCAACUUUGUUUCAUAUAUAGGUAUCAUAUCAUAAUAUGCUUAGGAAGAGGUUAUUACUUUCAUAAGAAUGUAGUCUACGUGAAUGUCAAGGCUGUGGAAGUAUGCUGUUUUUAUUUGUUUAACCAUUUGUCUUUGAACCAUGCACAUUAACCCGUCUUGUACUCACAUGUCUUCUCAUCCAUUUUUUCAUGACCUCUUAGUGUUGCUUGCUGAUCUUCAUGCACUGAGUUAAAUGGUUAUAUAGAGCUUUAGAAGAUUUGUGUGAAGUAGGGAAGCCAAAAUAUAAAUUUUGACUGAUACAAAUAGCCAAUAAUUAAAUGUUCACAAUUAAUGGUUGGCCAAUAAGGGGUAUUCAGUGGUCGAUAUCUAGAGACUAUGAUGCAGGAUUGACAAUAUAAUGUUAAUAUAUACAUAAAACAAUUUGAUGCUAACAAAUAAGAUAAAAUAAUUAUUUUACACAAUAUUUACUAAAAAUAUUGUAUCCAAAGUAUCAAAUAAAUAAGCCCUGAUAUUAUGUUUCUAACCCUAUUAGCCAAAUCAAAUGAUACAGAUAAAAAAAAUGAAAAACACUAAUAUUGGCCAAUACCGAUAUAUUAUAUUGGUAAAAUAUUGUAUCCAAAGUAUCAAAUAUAUUAUAUCGGUAUCGGUCAAUAUUAGCACUUUAAAAAAUAUAUAUUAGUGUUGUUUGAUUUGGCCGAUAUUGUCAGCAGAUAAUAUCAGGGCUUAUUUUUUCAUACUAGGGAUGCACAAUAUAUCCCUAGUAUGAAAAAAAUAAGCCCUGAUAUUAUCUGCUGACAAUAUCGGCUAAAUCAAAUGAUACACAUUAAAGAAAACUCUGAUAUUAGCUGAUGCUAUCUAGUUGAUAUAUUUUGCAUAUGAAAAAAUAAGCCCUGAUAUUAUCGGCAUAUGAGGCAAAUCAUUUGAUAACGAUUUACAAAAAGAAAAUGCUGAUAUUGGCCGAUACUGAUGUAUUUUACAUCCCUAGUAUGAAAAAAAAAAGCCCUGAUAUUAUAUGCUUUCAAUAUCAGAUAAAUCAAACUAUACUGAUAAUUUAAAUAAGCGCUAAUAUUGGCUGAUACCAGUAUAGAAAAAUCAAACCGAUACUGAUAAUAACAGUAAUACAUAAUGCUAAUAUCGGCUGUAUAUAAUACAGCGCAUACCCAGUAGAGAGGUCCCACAAGAUUAUGAACACCUCUCUCCACAUCCUACAACUCGCAUAUCAUUCAGACUGUAGACCAGGUUUGAAUUGAGAUCAUAGUUUCAAAACGCCUCCAAAUUAUCCACACUGUCCCCCUCACUAUUCGCACUUUCCUUGGUGCUUCCAGAUCAUGGAGUGACUCAGACACCUUCUUCUCCAACGACCGGAGCAUCCUGACACUCUCACCCAUGGAGGUCUCUCAUUGUUAAUGCUAUGAAGAAACCCCUCACACCAGCCCAAAGAGGAACUGCUUGUAGAGUCUGGAGACGCCUACUCUUACCCCAUCCUCCUUGUCCAAUCACCAGCCAGACUUUCACAUUUUAAAACCUCUGAUUUCAGAGUAAGUCAUAUCAGAUAUGAUCAUCAAGGGAUAAGCAGUGGUUCCUCAAAAAACCAAAGGAUAUGUCUGACUUUGUUUCUGCUGCUAUGGAAUUUUACAAAAGGGCCACCAGCUUUCCUGAGGAAAACCAGUGGGUCUGUUUGAAGCCAUAAUACCCUCUUUGAAUUGCCUGAUUUUUCAAGGUAUUAAAUGUGAGCACAGUGUAGCGAUCGCUCAAAACCUGUAGCCUCCUUUAGAAAACACCCUAAGAUGCCUACCUGUACACCCAACCUCUCUUGGAUUGUACAGAUUAUCAUGAUGCAAGAAUGUUGCACAGUUCGUGAUGGGAAACUGACAUAUCAUCUUUGAACUCACUCACUUUAAACUCCAUCAGUCAUGUGCCUGCAUAUUAUUUGUUUCCUCUAUCUUGCACAUGCUAUAUUAUCAUUUCUAACCAUUGUCAUUAGAUCAUUUAUCAUUGUUGCUGUGUUCUUUGUUUCUCUGCUCAUGUUGCUAACCACUCAUCAAAGCCGUUUGAUUUUGUUUUGUUUGUGCGUGUGUGUAUUUAAUAGUGCAAGAGGGCAUAGUCUGAGUAAAUUGAAUCUACAUUCUACAUGGGCCGUGAGUUGUAUGUAAAGGCCUGAGCAUUGGGACAACCGUUUUAAACUUGCUUAGAUCAGCUAUACUGAAGUUUAUGAUAUCCGACUGCAUGCUAUACUUUGGUCAAUCGGUCUCAAUAAUACUGCAGGCCAAAGGUAACUGGCCCUAUAUGCUCCUGUUCUGGCAAGUUCAAAACUAGUCUUGGGAUUUUUUUUAGUUGUUUUUUUUUUGUUUUGUUGCAUGGACAGUAACAAUCCACCCUGGAUCUUAACAUCUGGUGCCGUGACCCAGGUGGCAGUCAGAAUUUGGAUAAAGUAUGGCAACAUAUGGUACUUGUCUUUAGUUUUUGUUUGUCACUUCUCAUGUCAACGUACAAACCCGAAACUCAAAUAUUUUGUGUUGAAAUCAGAUGGGGGAAGUAUAUUGUAUUUAAUUAUAUAGCAAUGCAGUUUGCCGCUUGUUACUUAGACACAUUAGCAAUAAGACUCAAUCUAGACUGGAUAAACCUGAUCUAGCUGUGAUGCCAAUCAUCCAUUUUACAGUUCCAUUUUUUUUUCUGUAAAUGUCUGUUCUUCUAAUUGUAUUCUCCUUACAGUGAAUUAUGUUAAAUGCUGAUGUUUAUGAAAGUUCUAUUUACAGAAUAAAUGAAUUUUUUUUUUAA